AUGUCUGGAGAAUCUGGAAAGUCUUUCGUCACCCUCAAGAGGGAGGCGUAUGAGGACGCCGAGGUAGAAUUUGCUGAACAUGGCAAACCCCUCCCCAAAGGCUACGUGCCUCCGAUGGAUUUGUGGCAGAUCCCUCAGUUCCGGGACGCCGAAGAGACCAAAGCCAUGGAGGCCAACCCCACUCCCGUCUAUUCGCAGCUCAAACAGCGUCGCAAGGCCAGGGCCGUCCUCGAGCAAGAAGCUGCCGAGCGCUACCACCGCGAGGAGCAAGAAAAGAAAGACAAGGACGAGACGGCCUGGCUGGUCAAAAUGGCCAAACGCAAAGCCGACCGUGAGCGGGAGGCCAAGGAGCGCGAAGAGCACCAGAGACUGCAACGAGAAAAUGCCACCAAGGUUCGCACCAACGACAAACGAAAGCGAGACAGCGGCGAUGCCGACCCCAGGGCAACUCAGCGCCAGCAGGUCAGCGUCAGUACCAAGCGACAACCAAACUCCGUCGUCAACGGCGGCGCUCGCGUUUCGCACGGCACAGCGCGUUGGAGGCCAAUGGUGGUCGAUUCGGACGAUGAGGCCGAGCUCCUCCCGAAGGCAGAGCUCCUCCCGAAGGCAAAGAGAGUUCGAUAUUCAAAAGAGAACGAACCGCCUGUUGUCCGUGCUGACACGCCGUCGCCGAAACGAAAGCGAGACGCGCGCCACUUGGAGAUUUCGGACGAGGCUCUGGCAGCGAAGAGGCGCCGGUUCGAGAGUGUCCGCCCAGAAUCCAACAAGGAGAACCUGGGCCAGAAAAAACUCGUCCCCCGGGCGGCCAAGAGCGGCAGCCUUAUGCAAGUCAAAUCCGAGCCGCCAGCGGCGCUUGGUGCAAAGACAAAGACGUCAGCUACAGCCAGCAUCUCAAAGACGACAAAGAAGCCACCGAAGCAAGUACAGGUAGCGAAGGAUGAACCUGCCAAAGCACCAGAGAAGAAGAGGAUGCACCCAAUACCUUCCCAUCGGCCAAUUCGCUCGCGUGAGGAUCCGUUUCGCUCUUCCUCAUCUGGCGAUGCCAGUCGAGGUCAAGUCAGUCGGCUCACUAAGCGACUGGUGCGCGCUUCAAGUGCAACUGCUGGCCCAGCCUACAAGUCUGUCAGAACGGCCAAAGAAUUGUGGGAAUCCAAUGUCUUCGCUCGAAGAUGGUGA